AUGAGCGAAUCGUUAAAUUUUAACCUUAAGUUAUAUAGAGAAAGAUUGGCAGAUAAAUACUCGAAAUCUCCUGUAGAAACAAGAUUUGAUUCCUCCAUUAAUGGUAUGGAAAGUCAAAGGAAAACUCCAAUAAAAAAGGAUAAAACCAAUACUCCUUCAUUGAAUAAUUUAGUAAAUAAAUUGCAGGAAUACAGUAACAAAAAAGGAAAAUAAAACGAUUCUUUUUUAUUUAAAUCAGGUAAAAGCAAUCAAAAUUCUUCUCCAAGUAAAAUCAAUGGAUUACAUUAAAAAAUAUAAUCAAUAUCCUCAUUAUCGCCUCCCCCUUAAUAAAAUAACUUAUAAUUUCCAGCCAAGGGUCAUUAAUAUUCAAUAACCUAAUUUAGUGGAAUAGUUUCACCUUAGAAAUAAAGUUUUAUAAGUCCAACUCAUUUUUCCUAAAUUACUGAUAGAUAUGAGCAUUAAGAACCUACCACCGAUAUAUCAAGUCUUAUUCCUUUGCAUGAAAUAGUGAAUAUGCGUACAAAAUUAGAAAAUGCAAACAUCAAUGUAGCCAAUAUUACAUCAACCUACUUGACAGAAUUUAUUAAGUUAGCCAAUACUAUACAUCAACAACUGAGAGUGAAUAAAAAACAAGGGUGA